AUGGAUACCACAACCUUCUUGAUUACCGACGUACAGAUUUUCACAGGCAAAUUUGCCAUCCCCUGUGGCUAUGUCUAUGUUGUUGAGGGGAAAAUCGCAGAUUACGGUUGUGUUCCUGCACCAGAGAAGCUUUUGGAGUCACAAAGCGCCAUCAAGAAGCUGUCCAUGCCUGACCACAAACUUCUCCCUGGUCUGAUCGAUGCACAUAUGCACGCGGACGGCGGAAACGAGUUGUCUCUAGAACAAUCACUUCGUUUUGGGGUAACCACAGUUUUGGAUCUUCACAAUGAACCGGAAAACAUGGCAAAGCUCAAGCGUCUGGCAGCGCAGAACAAGAACUUUUCCGAUUUCAAAUGUGCAAGUUUGGCAGCGAUGAUCAGUGGUGGGUGGCCUGAGGCAGUUAUGCCUCGUAUCAGCCAAAGCCCAGAGGCUAUCGCUAAAGUCGCUUCUUGGCCCAAGAUUUCAUCACCCUCAGAAGCUUCAAAGUUUGUGGAUGAUCGUAUUUCCGAGGGAGCCGACUACGUCAAGUUGAUGCAUGAAUCUGGGGGGUCUAUGGGCUUUGAAGUCAAGCUGCCAUCCAUCGAACUACAAAAAGCACUAGUUUCUGCAGCACAUGACCAUACUAUGGAGAUAUUAAACGCAGGUGUGGACGGAAUGGCGCACACUUUUUGUGACAAAGCAAUAACUCCGGAGCUGGUUCAAGCCUACAAGACAAACAGCGCCUGGUGCAGUCCAACCUUAGUUACCAUCGGGAGCCUAACAAAGCAAGACAGAUCCAUUGCCGAGAGGUUUGCGCACGACCACCGCGUCCAAAAUCUGCUCGAUCCUUCCUCGAAGCGGAACAUGUGCAUGUGCAUGGGUUUUGGCCAUGAGACCGCCUCCGUCGAAUACGCAUAUGAGAGUGUGAGGCAGUUGAAGCAGGCUGGUAUUGACAUUCUUUGGUUGAUCAUUCUAAUUCAGGCUCAUCCCCUGGGACUGCCUGGGGUCUCUCGCAACACCAUGAGAUGUUCCUGUUGGUAA